GACUGAGGGUCACGUCACACGUAAUCAACAGAUGACGUCAGCCAUCAAAACUUACUUUCCGAGAAACCUUGGAAGUGCCGUGACGUGAGGGAACGGCCAGUGUCGAUGACGCCAUUUGAAAAGCAGUGCAGAAUGCUUUGACGUGACGUGGCGACCAGUUUGAACUGAUCUUGAAGCGCAACUGAGAAUUCCACUGUCUGAUUUCCAGUCGUGGAAAUGGAAGUUUUCGUUACUUGUGUGGCUGUUAUUGUUGGCUUUCUGAUGGGAAGAUUACAGUGAUCACAACUGCUUAAUAAAGUCAGUGAAGUGCCAGUUUCAAAUGCAUAGUAACGCACAGAAUUGAAUUGAUGUAGUGUCAAAGAUAUUACUUGACCACCGUAUCUCAACGAGGUUCUUAGAGGUAUUUCAGUGUCAGCUGCGCUCCGUGGUGUAAGGUUGUCAGAGUGUGACGUGAGUGUGUGACAACUGUUAGUUCAUAGUUGUAAAGCGUCUGUGUUGGGUAGGAGUUCUGCGAACGAAAGAAGUGUUACAGUCAUGUCAUCCUUUGAAGAAGUUGAAAACGAACUUGAUAGAAAGCUUAAAAUAUUCUUCAGCAACCCAGAUAACCUUCAGGCAGCAUCAGAAAACGUCUUCGAAAGUCUACUUGAGGAAGUUAUCCUUGGUGUUGUGUUCGAAGUGCACCGCUCUGUUAAGACCGGGUUGUACGAAAUAGAAGAAGCGAUACAGGAGGAUGCGAACGAAUUUCGAAUUGUAGAUGCGCCUGAUUUGGAUAUUUUCGGCCAGCAACCAAUCAAGAAACCGCAGGAAUGCACCUGCCCAAGCUGUAAACGUAGCCUCGCAGCUUUAAGAUUUGCACCACAUCUUGAAAAAUGUAUGGGUAUGGGCCGAAAUAGUUCGAGAAUUGCGAGCAGAAGGAUAGCGAACAAUAGUAAAGAGAGCGUGGGCUACGGUGGUAUGAUGAGUGAUGACGAUGAUGACGCGGACUGGACCGUAGGUUCAGAUAGGAGACGCAAGAAGCGUGAUCGCAAUGGUACAAAAAGAUCAAGAAAUCCCAAGGCGAUGCGCAACGGAGACGUGAGCUCGGAAACUAGCGUCAGCUCCGACGUAGGCUCACACAUGAGCUACGAUGGUAUGACAAACGAAGAGAAAAAGACGUUGCUGACUCAGAUUUGUGGUGUUAUAUCAGAGCAUACAAGAAAGCUUUGCACUAGGUCAAUGAGGUGCCCGCAACAUACUGAUGAACAGAGACGCUUAGUGAGAGCAUCAUUAAUUCAGCAACAGGAACCAGAAAUGAAUGGUGGGCCAGAACUGUUGCAUGUGGACGGGGAUAUUGGUGACGAAGGUGAUGGACAGAGUAUGAGAGAGUCUGUGGGUCGCGGUUGGGAACAAGAACAUUCAAAUACGUCGUCACCAGCAGACUCAGCUUCAACAAGUUCGUCCUCAUCCAAAAAGAGGGAGAAAAUACCGAAGUCCAAAAGUAAAAGUUCAAAAAAUCACAAAGGAUCUCCUAGUUUCCAUAAUUCUCAUGCCGAAUUGUAAAAAUGUUAUUUAACAGCAUUGUAAUGGUACAUAUAGAUUUGGGCAAAACUUCAUAUAAAAUAAGACACAUUAGUGCUCCAUGAAAGUAUGCAGCUCCUUUAUACAAAACUUUUCAUAAAGAUUAAUCAUUUGUACAUGUUGAUAGCCACUUGUUUUGAAAACUAAUAUAUUUUACUUGAUUGUUCCAAAUCAAAAGCCAUAUAAAUGUGGACAGUAUAUGGUUUCACUGUCUUAUGAAAGUGUUUGAUUUUUUCCCCACGGUAAUUAAGUUAAUCUUGAACAUUUUAGUGUCUUUAAACUAUGUAAAUAAAGGUUUAGGGUACAUUCUUGUACCCUGUGAAGACAUCAGUCUGUGUCUUUGAAGUGCAAAUUUUUGUUCUCUAAUUUUGUGAGAAUCCUUAAUUAAUCUCUUGUAGUAAAUUGUUAAUUUUAAAUGGGUAGAAACGUACUUGAAACUCUGAUUUUAUUAGUGAGAGUCUAAAUCUAUGAAGAUAAUUUACUUACAUACUUUGAAAUAUUAUUCCUUCUUGCAACUGCCUUCUCAUCCUCCUCCAGUGCAUUGUAAAUCUGAAGAUUGUGUCAUAUAAGUUAAAAAAUGUUGCACGAGUUAAAAAAAAAUUAAAAUGACAUGAAAAUUGAAUUAUUUUCUCAUUCUUACUGAAAAAAUAAAAAAAGCAUAGAGUUUUUGUAGGAUUGGUAUCAGUGUGCUGUGAUGUUUGUGUGAGUACAGUUACGUAUAUCAAAUAACAGUGCAUAAAGUUUUUGUAGCAUUGAUGUCAGUGUGCUUUGGUAUUUGUGUAGUGUGUAAGUACUAUUAGGACAACAGAAGAGCCUCCUUUCUUUUAUCAUUUUCCAAAAACUAAACUUCACAUUUGGUAAUACCACAAUGCAGCCAUAAACAGUUGUCUUCCUGGCAUUAGUAUGCAACAGGGAUACUGACAAAAAUAUUUUCUGUCUACCACAUGUAUUAAUAUUAUCAGAAUAAGUGAUUGUUUACAUAUAGUGUAUUUGACAGUUUUGCAACAUGUUCCAUCUACAGUUAUAUGAGAAAUAUAAGAUGUUAAAAUAUA